CCUUAGAGAUUAAGAUUGUAUCCAUGAAAACACAAAGUAUAUUUGACGAUCCGUAAAGUUUUUCAAUCUACAAAACGACAAAUUACAUUGUUCUUCUUCCCUUAUUCUUCAUUGUAACAUGCACCAUGUUGAGUAUUUCAAGUUAUUUCUUCUCUCUUAUACAAUGAAACUUUAAUACAAACAUGUCUGCCAUUAUUACCGCUUCUGCUCUAGACCCCAAUGGUGCCCUUUACUCUCGAGCCAAAGACAAAGCCAUCACUAGAGGCACCUACACUACCCGCGCUCCGCUCCUCCUUCGCCGGCUGCGCCUUCUUCUAUCGGCGGCUCAGCUCAGGCUACUUCUUGGUUUCUGCGUCUUCUGCGUCCUCGUUUUCGUCACGUCGAGGCUUAGCUAUCUGAUGGGUUGGAUCCCUCAUCACUCUUCUUCGGUCUCCUCUUCUUCGAGAGGUGGCUACACUGUUCUUAUUAACACUUGGAGAAGAAAUUCUCUUCUAAAGCAAGCUGUGGCUCAUUAUGCUUCCUGUAGUGGGGCGGAUGCUAUACAUGUGGUUUGGAGUGAAAGUGAUCCCCCAUCAGAUAGCCUGAAAAGCUUUCUUAGGAAAAUGGUUUUGUCUUAUUCACAAAAGGCUCAUAAACCCAAUUUCAAAUUUGACAUUAAUGAAGAAGAUAAUCUAAAUAAUAGAUUCAAGCCAAUUAAGGACCUCGCAACUGAUGCCAUUUUCUCUGUUGACGACGAUGUGAUUGUCCCGUGUUCCACCUUGGAUUUUGCUUUCACUGUAUGGCAAACUGCACCAUCCACUAUGGUGGGAUUUGUCCCUCGGAUGCAUUGGCUGGAUAAGGAGCGAAACGGUUUAGCAUACUAUAAAUAUGGAGGGUGGUGGUCGGUUUGGUGGAUGGGAACUUAUAGUAUGGUUCUAUCGAAAGCUGCAUUCUUUCACAGGAAGUACUUAGACUUUUAUACUAAUAAGAUGUCCCCAACAAUUCAUGACUACGUGACCAGUGAGAGAAACUGUGAAGAUAUAGCUAUGUCCCUGCUUAUUGCCAAUUCUACUAGCGCUCCUCCAAUUUGGGUAAAAGUACACAUAAAACAUGGCAGGUAAAAUAUAUGAGACUGGAUCAACUGGAAUUAGCAGUAUGAAAGGGCACAGCAACAGGAGGAGCAAGUGCUUAAAUGACUUUAUUUCGUUGUACGGGAAAAUGCCGCUUGUAUCAACACAUGUUAAAGCUGUAGAUGCCAGGCAAGAAUGGUUCUGGUAAUUUGAUCUGUUUAACUUAACUAAAACUUAGCACGCUUUUUGUAGUCUUAGCACUAUGAAAUGUCUAAAUUCGUUUUAGAUGAGGUUCUUACUGUUACCACCAGAAGUAGAAUCAGAUUAAACAUUUAGCUUUGAGAAGAAUGGAAAGCUUUUUUUUUUUUUUUCAAUUGGAAAAGUAGAGAGGGAAGGAGAGAAUUAUUCAAAAUAUGGAGAUAGAGAGAGAUAGAGUAUGUAUUAGUGUGUACUGACAUUGAAUUCAAAGUAAAAAUACAUGAAUAAUAUAAGUACAGUUUGUGUGAGCGUAAA